AUGGAUUACUUACACAAAUUAUGGGUGGAAGCACAUUCCAUUUUAUGGGACAAGUCCCCUGAGUCACACAAGGAUCGUUUUUUGAAGGAGGAGGCAUGGACCGAGAUAUUCAAGGGUCUUUUUUCCACAUGGGACAGCAAAACUUCCAGGGAGCAAGGGGCAAUCGAGGAAACUGUCACUAAAAGAUGGCGGUCCCUGCGUGAUCGAUUCCUUAAGGAAUAUAACAAGCGUGUAGCUAGUGGGAGUGGAGCACCAACGGCCGCUAAUUACAAAUAUUUCCAGCAGCUGAUGUUUCUCGCCCCGUCCAGAGAGCUCAGACAAACAGAGAGCAACAUGGAUUUUGUGUCCGAGGAAGAGGGUUUGCCAGACACACAAGAAACCCAUGAUGAACAGGGCACACAAACCACUACCAAUGAGGGCCUCUUAACUCCUGAGGAACAAGAACCAUCCCUCAUUUUGGAAGCAAAUGAGCCCAUGCCACUACCAGUGUUGUUGGAUUCAACAGAUGUAGGGGAAGACGGUGAGGUUGCAGGGCACAGUGAAAGCCAAGUUCCCAGGGCAACAUCCCCUAUUGUGCAUGUUACUUUACCUGCAACAAGAAGGCCAUACCAACGCGCAAGAAUGCGUCGCAGACUCCAUCCUGAUCAGGAGUUAAAUAAUGAAAUCAUAUCUCUGGUACACCGUCAGCGGACAGAGGAUGAUAGUGACGCAUUUGGUAGGGCGCUAGCAGAGAGAUUGCUGGUAAUGGAUUCAACUACUAGAACACGAUGCAUGACCUUUAUACUAGGCUGUACCGAGUAUUUUGUGCCACCAUACCAUCCCCCUUCUGCACCAAACUUACUGCUUCACAUGAUGACCAAGUGCACUCCAUCAGCUCAAAACAUGAGAGGUGAAGAACCUGCUCGCAGGGACUGUGGUACGCAAACAUUGUCGCAUCACGUGAAGCACACUAUGUUACCCCCUACAAGACCUCCGUUUUAUUAUUCAUCAGAUGCUUCACAGUAUGGUAUUAGGAAUGAAACUCAGAUGUAUGGGUCAUAUCCUCAGAGCCAUCCUCCACCACAAUACCAGCAACCAAACAUUCCAGUUCCACCUCCUCACCAGCAACAUAGUGAAGUUUACUCCGACUUCACCGCUUCCCUUCGGUCCACACAGGACUAAUUAUUAAAAUUUAUUGCAAUGUUCACAUUGUUAUGUUGUGU